AUGAUCCAUAUUCCCUACUUUUUUGAUAAUAAUAAUAAUAUAACUGCUGUUAAUCGUGUUAUGGACUACCAACAAUAUCAUGAUGGAAUACACUUUCCAUCCACGACGUCCGCAAUUAACAAUCAGUUAUACCAAGCCAAUUCAGGAUCCUUAGUUGGUUCUCAUUAUCACCAAAAUCAGCAGAAUCAUGUAGGACCGAAUAAUAACUUGCAAACUUACAAUAUGAUUGACCAGGCGACCGCUCAAAAUGUCAGUCAACAGCCACAAAACGAAGAAUACGCAUUAUAUCAUCGUCAAUUAGCUCAAAACCAUGCUAUGGCACUUGCUCAGUUAUUGAUUCCUGGUGCUGAAUAUGAUGAAACAAAGGAAUCAAUUCAAAAGUUUUCCUCACAGAAUCAGUUGCAUGAAGAUCGUCAAAUUAAUAUAAAUUACGCGAUCGAACAGCAAUCUCAAAAUGUUGCGUCAUCCGCCCAAUCCGGUGUUUCCAAUCUUGUCAAUCAAAAACCACCAGUUUACACAAAAUGGACCGAACAAGAAGAUGAGUUGUUGCGUGGCGCAGUGCGCAUUUAUGGACCUCACAAAUGGUCCCUUAUCGCAACACAUGUGCCCAAUCGAACGCCAAUGCAAUGUUCGGCUAGAUGGGUAGGAGCGUUGAACCCUUCAAUUCUUAAAGGUCGAUGGACUUCACAGGAGGAUAACGCACUAAAAGAAGCCGUUAGUAGUUAUAUCAAUUCUGUCGAUUCACAAGGAAAUCCGCAACCGAUCCCGUGGAAUAAGGUCUCAAAGAGAAUUCCACAACGUACUGGGGCUCAAUGUCAGGCCCGAUGGACCGAAGCAUUGGAUCCUCGCAUAAGGAAAGGUAAAUGGUCACCGAAUGAGGAUGAAAUUUUGAAAGAUGGAGUUCGAAUGUUUGGGCGCUGUUGGAUUCGAAUUGCCGAAAUGAUAAACGGAAGAACUCAGGUAACUAACUAG